GUGGCUGGGCGAGCGGGUCAGCUCGCGGGGUUCUCUUGCCCUUUGGAGCUUGCGGCCGCCUACCUGGAUGCUGCUCAGGCGUGUUUGGACAAGCAGGUGGCCAAGCGUGGGGCCGCGAACCAGGCAAGGCAUCACGUUCCUGACUGGCGCGGCCGGGGUCCACGCGGUUGGGGCGGCGGUCGCACAGCGCACGGGAGACACGGCGCGGUGCCGGCGACACGCCCGCGAGGUGGCGGCGAUGGAAGAGCUUGCCCUGUCCGAGGACGAGCUCCGAUCACACGACGUUCUCAACGGACUAGCGGGAUACCUGAGCGCGCUGCUGUUCAUACGAGCGAACACGAGGGAAGACAUCGGCGAGGAGGAGGUCUCCGACCAGCUGCUGCUGCGGGUCGUGGACCGCAUCGUCUGCGACGGGGCCGAGGCCCCGUGCGAGGGCCGCUGGAGCUCCCCGAAUUCCCCCUCCGCCGCCGCUGCCGCCGCCGCCGCCGCCGCCCCGUUGCACGACGACGACGGUAGCGGUAGCGGGGGUGCCUGGCAGACCGCCGCCCCGUCCUCCGGCAGCUGCGCGGCCGGCGACGGCGGCGGUGGCGGCGGCGGCAGCGGCAGCGGCAGCGGCGGGGGCGCGGCGCGUGCGGACACCACGGGCGGAGACCACGGCAAGAAGAACGGCAGCAGAAGGUGGGGGGGUGGAGCAAGUCAAGGGUUGGGGUCGAGCCUCCUCCGCCCCCCCCCGGAGGGGGGGGGAGCGUCGUUGGGAGGCGUGAGCAGCGAAGGACGGCGGCGGCGGCGGGGCGGCAAAGGCCGGAGAGGCGGCGGGGGCGGUGGUUCCAGCGGGGAUAGCACCGCUUCGGCAGGCGCUUCCGCCGCAGCGGCAGCAGCAGCUGGCGAAGACGCAUCAGCUAAGGCGGCGGCGGCGGCUGCGGAGGAGAAAGCUCUAGCGGAGGCGGAGGCGGAAGCGGCGGCGGCGGCAGCAGCGGCCGAAGACAAGGAAGGGAUGGAGUACGGAGGAGUGCUAACAUACGAGUGGCACGGGAAGAUGUACCUCGGGGCCGCGCGGGGAGUCUCCGGCAUCCUGUUCGUGCUCAUGCAGGGUGAGCCACUUUUGACGACAACCACCACAACAGCAGCGACGGCGUCAUAA